AUGGCGUACAACUCGGGCGAUCGGGCUGGGACUGACAACUGUAACCCUCCCGGACCCGGUGGCCAGGACUACAUCAACCGUAAGCUCUUCCCAUCCAUACAGCUGCAGGCAGUAUGUGAUGGGAAGGGCCAGUUCCUCCACAUUUGCGUGGCAUACCCUGGGUCUGUUCAUGACACCUGUGUCCUGAAGAACAGCGGCAUAUGUAUAAAGAGGCUCUGUACCCUCUUCCAGGGUAUUUCAUUGUGGGGGGAUGAUGGCUACCCCUGCAUAGUCCAACCCAUGACCAUCAUCACCUCGUAUCGGGAGCCACUGCUGGGUACGGUACAGAGCUGCUACAACCACCACCAUGCCAAAGCCCAAAACAUAAUAGAGCGGGCCUUUGGCAUGAUGAAGGUACGAUGGAGGUGCCUGCUAUUCCAGGCCCAUGAGGUGGAUUACGCUUUUGUUCCAGCGGUCAUCACAGCCCACAACAUCUGUCUCACUGCAGGAAACAUCAUCGAGCCCACUGAAAAUGUUGAUAAGAUUGUGGACACACCGUAUGAUACACCGAGAGGCGCUAAACAGCUGAGCCCCGAGCUGAAAGAUGUAAUGACAGACAUCAUUACCACCAUAAACUACAUCAAAACAAGACCCAUCAAAGCCCGGAUUUUGUGGUUUGAGGAGAUGUGUCGGAGGGCAGACAGACGCCGGUGGCCGCCUCCGCCGCCCGCCGCCGUGGUGGUGCUCGGUCCCGGUAGAGAGGAGCACACGGAGCCGUGCCCGCGCAGCGCCCUGCUCGACCACAGCCGGCGGCAUCGGACUGCGUUCUCGCGCGAGCAGCUGUCCCGGCUCGAGCAGGAGUACGGCAAGGAGAGCUACGUCUCGAGACCUCGGCGCUGCGAACUGGCCACAGCUCUCAAUUUACCGGAGACAACGAUAAAGGUGUGGUUCCAGAACAGGAGGAUGAAGGAUAAACGGCAGAGACACUCCUUGCCGUGGCCUCACCCGCUCGUCGACCCCCUGGGGGCGCUCCUGAUGGGCCGUGCCUCUCCUUCCUCCACCUUGCCGUACCCCUUCAUCCCGCCCCACCUCCCACACCUCCCCCUCCACCACCACCACCACUACCCCCUGACUUUCUCCUCGCCGCCGUCCUCGGCUCACAGUCGCUAUGGUGUGCCCAUGAGGACCCUGGAUGCACUCCGCCUCUCCCACUACCACAACAGACCGGGGGGGUUUCCUCCAACCGCAGCAGCCCUCUACCCCUCCGCCAGCAUCGUGCACCAUCCCGCCUCAUGUCCCUGCCCCCUCUGCCUGCACUGGGGACCAGAACAACUGCUGAAAGCCAGAGGGGAGGCACUGGGACUGAGCCAGCCCCGUAGUCCCAAGGCCAACAUACAGCCUGCAGGUCUGGAGCGGAGAGAAGAGAUGGUGUAAGACCAGACGGAAACAAACUCAAUCUAAUUGUCCACACUGUCCAAGGCUAUCAAACUGCUGCAACAUAAGAUGCUGAAAUAGCAAAUAGAAGCAUACUCACUGAGCCUUCAAUUACGUGGUGGAGCUUGCCAAGUCGCAUACACUAAAGAGUUUCACUAACUAGGAAUUGUAAACACACAAUUCAAAGGUCUUAUCUUAAACAAUGGCAGUCACAUGACACUGCUGAUUAACUGGAGCCAAAUGUUUACCAGGUGAUGCGAUAUUGCUGUGCAAUUAUUUCAACAACUUCAGUUAGUCAGUCUGAGAACAAAUCAACCCAGUCGCCAGAAAAAAUGUUUGCCAUUGCACAUUUCAGCAAAUCAGGCAUACUAAAGUUUCAGUUAAGUUUAAGUUAUCAGCCUCGUAUCACACUUGCAGAAAUGCACAAUGCCAUGUGGUUAACGUGGUGGAACAACUGGUUAGGUUUAGGCAACAAUACUACUCGGUUAUGGUUAGGAAAAAGAUAAUGAUGUGUGUUCAAAAUAAUAACUAGGGCUGUCAAUUGAUUACAAAUAUUUAAUUGUGAUUAAUUGCAUGAUUGCAAAUAAAUCACAAUUUUUUUUUAUCUGUUCAAAAUGUACCUUAAAGGGAGAUUAUUUAAUAGU